GGAAGCUGCGUUGAACCAGCUUUUAAACUCCUUCCGACUUGACCACCUCAUCGUCUCCAUAUACCCCGUGAUAUCCACAAAAAAAAAAAAAAACAACAUAACAAAGUGGGGGAAACAUGGCGAGCGGAGAGGAGGCGAAAAGACGCCCCUCGGUUACCUCGUCCUCGGUCGGCCUGGAGGCUCUGUUCCCGGCGGGGACGUCGGAGCAGGCAGGCGGGGACGCGAACCCGGAGCUCGUCCGCCUGCGGGAGCGUCUCCAGGUCUGGCUAUCGCAGUACGAGCCCCCGCUGCUCUGGGUGCAGAGGCUGCUGGUCUGGGAGAGGCCGUUGUACAGCAUCUCUGUCGCCCUGACGCUCAACACUUUAUUCUGGCUGCUGUCAGCCACCUCCCUGCGGCCUCUCUUCCUGCUGAGUGUGUCCCUGCUGGGGCUCAUGCUCCUGGAGAGGUGGAAGCCAAAGCUGCCCAUCAUUACAGUUCAACAUGCAGAGCCUCACCCUGUACAAAGUGAGACGAUGAGCGCCGAGCAGCGUCUGCUCAGCAUUCCUGAGCUCAGCCACCACCUGGCUGAGAGCUACCUGACCUGCUGCCUGUACCUGCAGGAGAUGCUGCAGUACAAACGACAGAACCAUGGCAAGUUCUGCGCGAUGAUGUGCAGUGGCUGCUUUGUACUCGCCGUGGUUGGACAUUACGUACCAGGAAUCAUGAUCUCCUAUAUCAUAGUGCUGAGCGUGCUGCUGUGGCCGCUGGUGGUGUACCACGAACUAAUCCAGAGGAUGUACACGGGCUUGGAGCCCAUCCUGAUGAAACUGGACUACAGCAUGAAGUGGGAUACCGAACACCGCAAGCAUGACAAGAGGAAGGUGAAGAAGGAGAUGGAGGAAGGGGACGAGCCAAGAGCUGAAACGGAGAGCGAGAGCGAGGAGGAGCUGUCCUGUUUCGCCCCGACGGUGGAUGUGAAGACCACAGCUCUGGCGAUGGCCAUCACCGACUCGGAGUUGUCCGAUGAGGAGGCAUCCAUCUUAGAGAGCGGAGGGUUCUCCGUGUCCAGAGCCACCACUCCUCAACUCACGGACUUCUCUGAAGAUCUGGACCAGCAGAGUUUACACAGUGAACCAGAGGAGUCCUACAUGCGAGAUCUCCCAGAGUUCCCCUCAGUUGAGGAGUUUCCGUCCAUCGAGCAACACCUGCUCCACUUCCCCUUGCGGGGCCCCGGCCAGGUCGAUGGAGGCCAGGCUGGCGCUCAGUCAGAGGGGGAACUGUUGAGUCCCGCCAGCCUCCUCAUCCAGCACCUCGCGUCUCCGCUCCACUUUGUGAACACGCACUUCAACGGACACGGACGACCACCCGGGGGCGAGGAGGGUGCGAUGCCCGUGGCGGCUGCAGGGGAGGAAGCGGGGAGGCAGGGUGGAGGCGAGAAGGAUGAGGCAGCCCAGGGUGCGCAGCGCUCCUUGGAGGCGCUGAGCGAGGAGAUAGUGAGCACAGCCAUCUCCACUGUGGUGCAGAACACUCUGUCGGCACUGCUGCGCUCCAGCGAGGCCAGCGAGGAGCCCUCCCUGGCCGAGUUCCUCCCCACUGAAACCCCACCGGGUGCUCUGGAAAUCUCCACCCAACCCACCGACGCCGCCGCUAACACUACAAUUGCUACAAUAGGGGCGCCGGGGGCUGACGAGGAGCUGGACGAGGCGAUUACGACGGAAAGCGGCGCCGGCGACGACACACUAGUUCCGACAGAGGAAGAGGACUUUGAGCUUCUGGACCAAAGUGAACUGGAGCUGGUGGACGAGGGGCUGGACCUCAGCUCUGACAGACAGGCGGUUGGAGGAGCGUCAGAGACACCUCCAUCCCCUCAGCAUCAACCACAGUCAUAGCUUCCCUGUCGCCUCCCUGUGCCCCCCAGCUCCAACUGUUCUGUUUUUAUUUGUACGUUAGAACUACCUUAUAUCUAUACAUACAGCUAUAUACGAAACAUUUAUCAAAGAGUUUAGAGUUUAAUACAGUUGGUUGGUGAUUAUGUGGCAGAUGGUUGAGAUUACUUGGUGCGUUUUGCUUGUAGAGCCUCUCAUCACAAGGGGUCUGAUCAGCUUCAGAGUCCUCUAGUCCAGGACCAUCACAUUACGGGGAUCAUGACAGACACAGCUGUGGUCUGUACACAGAACUGGCUUUGGUUAACCAUUCGUCAGGAGGUCGCGAAGCAUUUUAGAUCCGGCUUUGCUUGAUUACUUAGUGUCGCUGAAUAAAUUCGCUCACUGCGCCGUCCAGUCUUUGACGCCUUUAUUUUCUACCCUGGCUGACAAAUCCACCUUGUUUUCUUUAAAGAGGAUGUUUAUGUAAAUGGUGUUAUGAAGAGUUGAAAUGUUGGAUUCUAUUAUUAUUAAUAUAUGCUAUAAAUUAUUUAAUUUAACAGUCAGUCGAUGAAACUUUAUCGUUGAGCUGAGGGGGGGGAAGUCUAAAAGUCCGUUUCCUUCAGUCGCCCACAAUGAUUGUAUUGUUUUAAUGACGACGUGCAGAUUUGAAACGUAGUUAUUCCCAGAGUUAGUCAAACAAUCGUAUUAUCCUUCACUUUAUCCUUACCUCCACGGUCUCCAGAGAGAGAGGAGAGAAGCAUUUCAUGGACGUUGUUGGAUGUCCACAAGUCGUAGAUCUUUACCCAAACACAUAAGUGACUUCGCCGCGGCAAGACAAAAAGAAACGUCCCCAAAUGCCUCGUUUUAUUUAUAUCCGUGGAUAGGAUUUAUGUUCACACAUCCACACGUAACUGAAUUUAUUUAUUGGAAUUAGUUUGAAAAACACAGGCUUCUCGUGAGACCCGAUUUGUACAUGUAUAGUCAUCACCGGGGGUAUGUAUAUUCACCGAAUAACCUCCUUUGUGCCACGACAAGUCCAUGCAUGCCAUGCAUCACGCAUGUUAUUUACCAUGAUCGAUAUUUGAGGUCAAUUUUCAAGAGUGUUACUUUAAACCGGAGCAGAUUUUCCUUUCUGUCUUUGGAGGGGGAGGGGGACGUACACAUGGAUUAGUGGAAAAACUGUUGACAAAAAAGAAACGCUCGACCGCGUAAAGACGCCGGUUUUUGCUUUUGUAAACCACUCAGCAUCCAAAAUCUCAGGGGUGGGUUGUACAAAUUGAAUAUAGCAUCGCAGAAUCCGUGUCCAUUCCCUGACUUGUCGUAGUGCAUUGUAUUUGUACUAACCUUUCUUUUUUUUUUUUUCAGUCGACGCCUCCUUGUGUAUAGUGUAGAAAUGCUAAACAAACAAAAAAAGAAAAUGUAUAUUCUGCAUGUAAAAACAGCACUCUGUUCAAGUUCUCCUUGUCAAACUGACAAAGUACUGCACAAUUUGUGAGGAAAAAAUAUAUAUAUAAAUUUGAAUGUUUCAGGUUAAAAGAGCCCAUUUAAAUUCAGUUUGUUUAAUAUUUAAUUACCAACCUGGGGGAAUACAAGUUUUGAUGUGUCCUCAUUUUUAAGACUACUCGACUGACUGGAAAUGGGUGGCACGUGACAACAUCUGAUAUAGAGAAGGAUAUUAACAGACUAGUUUGUGUAUGGUAGUAGUGUGUUAUAUGCUUAAAAUAUCGCUUCUUCUUCUAAAAAAAAAAAAGCACUUACUGAACUGUACAAUUUUAAGAAAAAAAAGGAAUAUAUUUUCUAAUUUCUCCUUUUUCCAUAAAGUACUCAGUUUGAUCUUUUACAUCUAAAAACAUAAUGGCUAUGGACGAGUUUCACAAAGCGGUAAAAGAUGUAUUGUCAUGAGGCUGGUAAAAUAAAAAUAAAAACUGCAACUCCACAUGUGAAAGUAAGAGAAUAAAAGAACAAACUGAAACUAA